UUGUCAUAUGACAUUAUCAAUUUAGUGUACAUAUUCAGAGUCGUAGUUACACAACACAGUAUUCUUUUUGGGUUACUAUAGCUCUUACAUUUUAUGAUAUUCGUAAUAUUUUGUAAUAAAGCUUUCUAUUACAGUAUGCAGCUGUCCGACUGAUUGCAGGAUCAUAAAUAUUAUCCAAGAUCAUCAGGUCCACCGAGUUAACCUACUAUAAUAGAAUGGCCAAUCCUAAUACUAAGCCUCAGAAGCCUGCUUUGUUUACACCGGCAGCGCCUCAAUUAAUUCACGUCUAUUAUCCUGCAUCGAUGAUGCAGAGAGCGACGGGUACCAUUCCUCAAGCGCCGGUGGCGAAUCCGAACUCGCAAAAUCAGAUGCCAAGCGUUCCUAUAGUGACCAAUAAUCAUCAUCAGCAGACAUUUCCACGUCAACAGCAACACAAACGGCGAUCAAACGCUAUACCCGUUAUAGACCCGGACACAGGUGCCGAUCAUCUUCUAGAACUAUUCGAAGAUAACUCGCACCCGUCCUCCGGCGAAUCGUCGGCCCGGCAAACGCCCCAGCCUUCGGCGGCCACGCAGAGCCACAACAAAGAGGUGCAAGCGAAGUUCGCCAAACAGGUGUUGCAAGCUUUGAACAAGGACACGACGUCCGUCGAUCAGCAGCCGCAGCAGCAGCAGCAGCAGCAGCAGCAGCACCAUCAUUCGUUCGUGCCGCCCGCGCCGCCCAAAGACGAACAUCAUUCGGUUAUUCGAAGAUAA